AGGAUAAGAUAGAGAAUGGGUGUGGGGGGAUGGGAGAGGCGACCCCCACAGCCCACACCUCCAGUCUUCCUUGGUCCACCAGUCACCACCCAUUGUGUCAUGGCGGCCGAGUAUGGGAGGAGCAUCUGGGAAUCACGAGAUAAAGAGGGAAAUAAUGGCCACGAGGACCUGCUGGUGUUCGGAUACUCGUGCAAACUGUUCCGUGACAAUGACAAGGCUAUGUAUCUGGAGAAAGGGAGCCACUUAAUUCCCUGGAUGGGCGACAAUAGCGUCAUGGUCGAUAGGUAUGAUGUACGGGGAGCACUGUAUGACCUGUCUGAGGCUGAGUCUGGAGGAGGUGGUGACCGGUGGGAGGGUCUGUCAGAAGAAGAGCGAGCAGAGGAGGAAAGGUGUGACUAUGAGCGUUACCUGGCCCUGUACCAUGAUGAGUUUCAGUACCAGGCUUUCCAAGAUGAAGAGGCCAAACGUUUGAUGGCUGAACUUGGGUCUGACACCUACACUUACAGCCAGGUUGGCUUCAAUUAUGACGGGCAAGCCAUGGUAGGGGACAUGACUGGUAUGAGUGGUGAGCAUGGCUCUGAAUACCUGGAACACUACCAAAUGCAGCAGGGUGAUCAGCAGCAACAGCAGCAGGAACAGGAGCAGAGCUCAGGAUACAUGCCAGAAGCAGAUGAGGACACUUAUGUUCCACCCGCUGAGCUUAAUGUCCCACAGGGAAUGGUGGUGCCUGAAACUAUUAAGCAAAACAAAAUCAUUGUGAAGACUUCCAAAUUCAUUGUGACACAAGGAGGCCAAAUGGAGAUCAUCAUCAAGACAAAGCAAGCAGACAAUCCAAUGUUUGGUUUUCUGUCUUUUGACAAUCCAUUGAAUGCCUACUACAAGCACAUGGUUGCUAUGAUCAAGAGUGGAAGAUACACUCCAGCUGAUGAAGCUGAUCAAGUCAGAUCGAGGAAAGAUAGUGAUGGCAAUGGUGACCAGUACCUGCACCCAAGUCUCUCAGCCGGCAUCAAACCAGACCUUGCCCCGGGGACGCCUACCUCAGCCCUCAAACCCUCUUCAGAUUGUGCUUACUUCAAGCUCAUCCAUAAAAUUAAAGAGAAGCAAAAGAACACAACUGUUGUAGAAAGCCGUGAGUCCCCAGCACCAGCCUCUCCUGGAGUGGUUGCAACCUCUACACCCAUUGCUGAACGCUCAGACACACCCACACUGGAGAAGAAAGUAGAGAAUAAGGCAACACCCCAACCCAAGGUGAAGCAGCUAGUGGAUUACCCAUCUUUCAAUCGCACCAGGGACUAUGACUCUGACUCGGAUGAUGAGUCCGAGUCCUCCCCUUCUGCCAGCAAGGGUGCCAGUGAAUACAGCAACAUCAAGUGGCCACCACCAGAUGUGCAGAUGGUGAUUGACAAGAUGGCCAGUUACAUCAUAAAAAAUGGUGUUGAGUUUGAAACGAUGGUGCGAAGUAGAGAUGACCCCAGGUUCAGCUUUUUGAAGAAGGACCAUGAGUACUACCCAUACUACCGAUGCAAGAUACGCCUCUACACUGAGGUGUAUGGUGAUAUAUUUAAGGAUGGAGUUGAGGAUAAGGCAUCAUCCCUGAGCAGCCUUGUGGAAGGAAACUCUAGUAGCAGGAAGGACAAGCGAGGAGGCAACAGCAGCAGUAGCAACAGUAGCAGAAGCAGCAACAAUAACAAUGGCAACAAGCAGACUUCAACCAUUUGCUUCUCCAUCAAAUCAAGGGAGCAAGAUGUCAAUAUAGAUAGGCACUCCACCUUCCCUGUGGAGUCGUCGUCUUCUGAUGAUGAGGACAUGGACGAGGAGGAGAAAGAGAAGAGGCGGUUGGAGCGGGAGGAGAGGAGAAGGAAACGAAAGAUAAAGGAAAAGGAGGAGAGAGAGAGACGUGAGAAAGAAGAGAAAGAGAGGAAGGAGAAGGAGGAGAGGGAAAAAGAGAAAGAGAAGGAGAAGGUUAUCGAGAAAAUGGAGGAAUCAACAGAUGCUUCUGGUGAUAAUGAUGACAUGUAUGACAUCUUCAAAUAUGCUCAGGAAAUGGAUAAGGACAUGGACACUGAGGAAUGCAACCACAAAGAGAAGGGAUUCAGUGAAGAGCAUGGGAAGGAGAGUGCCUGCCUACCAAGUGAUGGGACAGCACGUUCUGAAUGCAAGCAGCAGGAACGGAGGAAGAAAGCAGCCAUGUUUCUUUCCCGGCUAAAGAAAGGAAGCAGAGAGGAUGAGAGUACUGCCCAGCCUGUUUAUGGUCCACAGCUUCCACCCGAGAUAGCAGCUCAGAUCCUAAACUCUGCAUCACAGUCACCUCGAUCAUCCCUGGCCAGCACUCGCCAUUCCACCCCAUCAAGGUCACGCUCGCAUUCUGCCAGUCCCGGCCCAGGGGUCCCCAUGCCACCCAAGGAGGCCCCUGCACCUCCUCCCCCUCCACCUCCUGCGCAGUCACCACCAACCCCAAGUGGACUGGAGAUGACUGAAACAUACAGAACCAACAGAACUGAAACAAGUACAAACAGCUUAUCUAAAAAUGAUUGGACCUCCAUUCCAGAGCCUCCAGCCAACACUGACACUGUUGAACAUGUGAAACACAGUGCUCCCAAAGAGUCUUCAGUAUUGUCGGGUAUGUGUUCCUGCCUUGUGGUGCCCUUCACAACCCUCACGCUGUGGUGUGCCUACGGGUCAUUUAUACUCAGCAAGAAGAGAGAAAAACCUUCUUGAACUUGCCACAAAUGAACCUCAGUGAUUUAGUUACCUCACUGAAAUGAUCUUGUGGUUCAGGAAGGUUUCAUUCCUCUCAGCAUCACAUUCUUCAUUGUCUUGCUGAUGAACAAUUUCAACAUUCUUAAGAUUUUAGAGAUUUUGAAGUUUAAUGAGUUUACCUGCAGCAGCAGUAGCAGCAGCAGCAGCAGAAGCAAUCAUAAAAAAGAUGCAAGAUUUCACAUUUGUGAAGAUGUAAUUUUUUUAUUUAUUUUAUUUACUGUUCCUAAACCCAGUUGCUGCAGGUAGGCAGAUCAUGGGACUAGUGUCCCACAUAUAUUGCAGUUAUCUAUGGUCUUUUGACUUGUUGCAGAUGUGUUGCAGUGGCUCUCUGCUGUUAUUUCGCCGAGGGCGGCCGUGCAGGUGUAGGUACGGAUCGUCAAGAGAACUACUUUUAUUCUUCCAGUCACUAGUGUGACAGAAUUUUCCUGCUGUGAUAAUGUUUUUUUUUUUUUUAUCUUCGUUUGGCCUCAUUUGAUGACAUUUCCAAAUGUUCUUGUGGAUGCUGGGAUAGUAUUGAGGUAACAGAAGACUCGAAAUAUGAGCCGUAAUAUUUGUGUUGGAGCAGUAUGGAGAUGGGAAGGCUAGAGGCCAGUGGCAGCGAGGGGCAGUGAUGUGAGGAAGAUGCCAAAGACGUGAACAGACAGUGAUGAUUUACAAGGCGGUGAAACUUGCUUUUGACCCACCCCUCCCAAACCCAUUCUUCCAUUCCUACCACACCUCUUCCUUUUUAUCAUGUUAGUAUUCAGGUACCUUGGGUCGUCUACAUAUAC